CAGGUGAAAGUGAAACUACACCACAUAGUUCCCAAGCAACGGAAAGCUCGGACGAUGUGCGUGGAUUAAGCGCUUCUGACGGACCCUCAUCUUUGCUAGAGACACGGUCGGUUAUUGGAUCAAAUCAGGCUAGCGAUGCACCAUCUCUUUGCAUCGCUGUUGUCGGGGCUACUGGCGAACUCGCGCGGAACAAGGUCUUUCCGGCAUUAUUUGCUCUGUACUACAGCGGGUUUCUUCCUGAGUGAAAAUUGUGGGGACAAGUUAGAUGCAUUUCUUAGAAGAACCUAUCACGUUGAUGGGGGAUAUGACAAUGCAGAUGGGAUGGUGAAGCUUAGCUCAAGAAUGGAAAAGAUAGAGGGUGAUCAUGCAGCAAACAGAAUAUUUUACCUUGCAGUUCCCCAGGAAGCACUUCUUGAUGUUGCAUUGUCACUCGCUGAUAGAGCCCAAACAAAACGAGGCUGGAAUAGGGUUAUAAUUGAGAAGCCAUUUGGCUUUGAUGAGUAUUCUUCGUAUCGGCUGACACAGACUCUGCUCUCGAAGUUUCAAGAAAACCAAAUAUAUAGAAUCGAUCAUCUUCUGGGAAAGGACUUAAUUGAAAAUAUCACUGUGUUGAGGUUUUCUAAUUUGGUUUUCGAGCCUCUGUGGAGCCGAACCUACAUACGCAAUGUGCAAGUGAUCUUCUCUGAAGAAUGUGGGAUUGAAGCACGAGGAAGGUAUUUCGGCCAUUAUGGGAUUAUUCGAGAUAUAGUUCACAGCCAUAUACUUCAAACUAUUGCACUGUUUGCUAUGGAGCAGCCUGUAAGCCUUGAUGGGGAAGAUAUCCGAAAUGAAAAGGCCAAGGUUCUACGAUCAAUUCGGAAGUUGGACCUUGAAGACGUUGUUCUUGGGCAACUUAAAGAAAGCUCAGACAAGGCCGAUAACUAUAUGAACUCUUUAGCGCCCACAUUCUUCGCUGCUGCUAUGUAUAUCGACAAUGCACGCUGGGAUGGUGUACCAUUUUUGAUCAAAACUGGGAUGGGACUCAUCAAACACAGAGUUGAGAUACGAAUCCAGUUUCGUCAUGUUCCUGGUAUUCUCUACCGCGAGCGCUUUGGCUACAACUUAGAUCUCGAUACGAACGAAUUAAUUCUCCGUGAUCAGCCUGAAGAAGCCAUUCUCCUGAAAGUGAACAAUAAGGUCCCAGGACUUGGACUUCAAUUGGAUGCGUCGGAACUGAACUUGCUCUACAGGGAUAAGUACAAUGUGGAAGUGCCAGAUUCAUAUGAACAUCUUCUUUUGGAUGUAAUUGAUGGAGACAAUCAUUUAUUCAUGCGGAGUGACGAGCUGGCGGCUGCGUGGAACAUUUUAACUCCAACAAUUCGCGAGAUCAAUGAGAACAAAAUAGCACCGGAGCUUUAUGAACUUGGGGGUAGGGGACCUGUUGGGGCUUACUAUCUUGGUGCUAAGCACGGAGUUCGCUGGGCCGAUGAUUAGUUUUAAGUAUCGCGAAAAAUUGACAUUUUGCUUGCCGUGUUGAUCUGUUCAUUGUUUAUAAACCCUAAUUUCAGAGAGAGGGUACUUCUUGCAGCCA